AUGAGUUUACGUGAUGCAUGUAUUGGCGCAGUGGCUCUGUUACCGGCCUACAUCAUACCGAACAAGCAUACAACUUGGUACAAGGUACCUGUCACUUUGAUUGUGGCCUAUAAUGCAGCCCUUUUUGUACUUAGCUGGUCCAUCACUUCUCUCCUUCGUCACACGAUAAAUCAUGAGUCUUCCGCACGUCGUACUUCAAUACGAGCAUCUGUCACUCGAGAGCUGGCAUCCCUCGACGGCCAGGCCACUCGGUCACCAAAUUCUUCUAAUGGGGACUGGGAACGGGUUUCAAACGACUCGGAAAAAUCAGGAGAGGUCGCUCCACUAUCGAAAGAAGGCUAUGAUGGCUUUAUCGGAUUUUUCCAUCCUUUCGCGUUCGUGGGAUUCGACCACAAGAAUGCUGGAGGAGGUGGUGAGAGAGUACUAUGGGCGGCAAUCCAAGCCACGCAGAAUCGUUGGCCGAAAGCGAUUUGUGUCGUCUACACAGGCGAUCAUCAGUCCGACAAAACUCAAAUACUCAAGCGAGUCAAGACCCGGUUUGACAUAGAUUUGUAUUCUCCCACUAUCUCAUUUCUUUAUCUCAAUAGCCGCGCGUGGGUUGUGGCUGGCUCUUACCCUCGCUUUACGCUGCUUCUUCAAAGCCUCGGGUCCAUCAAUGUAGCUUAUGAAGCACUCUCGCUUCUCAAACCAGAUAUUUUCAUUGACACCAUGGGAUACUCAUUCAGCACAUGGUUUUGCAAAUUUCUGUUUCCAGAAAUCUCGAUAGGGUCGUACGUACAUUACCCAUUCAUCGGUACUCACAUGGUAGAUUCUUUGGCUUCAGGCGGUGGCAAAGGGGUCAAUGCUGGCAAAGGCAAAGGAUUAAGAGGCCUUGGCAAGAAGGUGUACUGGCAUUGUCUGUUGCGUCUAUACAAAUGGACCGGAACAUCUAUCGACAUUGUCAUGACAAAUUCCACCUGGACCCAGAAUCAUAUGCAACGCAUAUGGGGCCCUGGUCGAGCUCAGGGCAGAAAGCCACCAGCACAAGUAGUGUAUCCUCCGUGCUCUGUCGAGGAAAUCAUUGAUCAGACACCCCUUGAAGGGCAGCACGCCCUGCCAAGAGAAAAGUUAUUGCUCUGUAUUGCUCAAUUCCGCCCCGAGAAGAAUCACGAGCUUCUCAUCGAGUCAUUUGCUCAAAUGACACGCGGAACUGAUAGUGGCUUGAAGGACGCACGCCUUAUUCUGGUUGGUUCGGUGCGAGAUAGCGAGGAUGAGACUCUGGUCUACAAACUCCGACUGCUUGCCAAAGAACUCAAGUUGGAAAAUCAAAUUGAGUUCAGGAUCAACACUGAUUGGGGUGAGAUCCUGGAAUGGCUGAAGAGGAGUUGGGUCGGUGUCAAUGGGAUGUGGUGUGAGCACUUUGGUAUUGGUGUCGUCGAAUACCAAGCGGCUGGGUUGAUAUCGGUCGUUAAUGAUAGUGGUGGCCCUAAGGAGGACAUCGUUGUCGAUCUUGACGGUGGACCGACAGGAUAUCACGCCUCCACAGCCACUGAAUACGCAUCACGUUUUGUCGAAGCCUUGACCCUCUCCCCAGAAUCAACGCAAGCAAUGCGCAAGCGUGCCCGCUCAUCCAGCAAGCGCUUCACCACUGAUGUUUUCUCUGCACGAUGGACACAGCAGCUAGAGCAGCUUAUAGCCCAGUCCAAACACUAG